AUGCGAGAGAUGCACAAUGGAUCCCUGUUUGAUUCUACCGAAGCAAUGUCCCUCAAUUGGCCAGACUCUGCGGAUCUUCUCACAUCGAUCUUGUCUGCUGAUUUCACCAACCUUCCUGCUCUCGAGGCUCUACCAUCUCAGACUGUUGCACCAACUGAAUCACAAUCGGAUCAUUUGUCGCCUUGGCUUACAACUGAUGGGAACACGCAGCACCGAGGCACUCAUGCUGUGCAAAACUUGACACAGAUGAUCAAUUCUCUGUCAGCGGACGUCACCUCUGAGGCGCAAACUACCGGUUUCACAACCGUAUUCCUAGAUGGAUGCCUCCAUAUGUUUUUCAAACAGUUCCUCCCGUCAAUGCCCGUCGUGCAUGCAGCUACAUUCGUCUUCAAAGAUUGGACCCAUCCGCUUUUGCUGAACGCCAUUGCGCUUGGGUCACUGUUCAUGGGGAAAAAAGAUUACGUGCUCAAGGGGGAGAUUUUGUGGCGACUAGCACAUACUGCUGUUGCAACCUCGUGGCAAACUCUCAUCAAGCACCGGGGCCCUUACGACACGUGCGGUGGCAUACAACUCGUGCUUACAGCACUUCUGGGGCAGAUUUACGCAAUGUUGUCUGAGGUGUUCCACAGCCUUGGAUUCUUCUGGGCACGUUGGGCAGGUAUGUAUGAGCUUGAAGAUCAAGAAGAGGGAAUAGCAUUCGACUUCCUAGACAGCCACGAAGUCCUUGAGCGCAAGUGGAGAGUUUGGGCUGCAAGAGAGACACAGCUACGAGCUCUGCUGGGUCAUUAUGUGCUUGACGGCCAAAUAUCGAUGUACAGCGGCGGCCCUACGUGUCAACGCCACACUUCUCAUUCAUUGCCCAUGCCAACCGAAGCCGACAUUUUCGAAGCUACAGAUGCCGAGACUUGGAGAGACAAGAUGAUUGCGAGAAGUCAAAAGAGACCACCCUUUGCGCAGCUUUUCAGCUCAGUAAUGUCCGAAAAUGUCCAUGUGAGACAUCUGGGAUCAUCUUUGGCCUUGUUAACCGCCUCUGUAACUCUUGAAGGAUUCAAGUCAUUCAUGGCAGAGAGCCCUGUGUCUGGAACGAAUGUGAUUGGAGUCCCUUCGAGACAGGAUAUAUCAAGAGGUCUUGCCAGAUUCUACCUGUUUGCUGAGCAGAGUUUGUCCAUGUCACUGAUGAACAAGAGGGUGACACUCCUCCGAUGGCAUACGAUUGGUCUUGACUUUGCUAUUGAUUUCAACUGGUUCUGUCGGAAGCUGUGUCAAGAGUACGAGGUUGAACAACGGAUCGUGGGUGGCAGGAAAAAGCCUCCACUUGACUUGGAAUCGUGGCUUCGAAGUCCCAAAGGACGCAUGGGGCUUCUCCAUGCUAUCAGUAUUCGAGAAAUUAUCCAGGAAAUCCCGGCCAGUCAUGCACACACAAUCAAUGGUCCGAUGGCGGUGUUUUCGGCUGCUAUCUUGUACUGUGGUUUCCUUCUGGGUGGUAUCUCGACGAUUUCCAGGCCAGAUCGAUGCAGCUGGGACAGCAUACUACUUCUGGACAUUGACACAGUGGCAGAGAACAUUGAAACCGAUUCUGACACUCAGGUACGACAGUAUCUAACCGGCACGCUGAGUGGUCUCCAACGACAGGAGAAUCUGCUCUACGAAGUCAAUGUAUUUUUGACUUUCCUUGAAAAUCUCGGAAGGACAUGGGGCGUUUCAACCCAUAUGCACAGGGUCGUGGAACAACUCGUCUCGAGAUGCGGCCUGGGGUGA